UCUGGAGCCAUAUUCCUGGCACGCUGGAUUGAAUCCACGAGAACUCUUACAAUGCAGUCUAAAAUCUUCGUUGGUGGACUACCAUGGCAAACCACGUCCAACGAUUUGGUUGAGUACUUCCAACAGUACGGAAGUGUCAUCGAUGCAGUUGUCGUGAAAGAUCAAGCGACAGGCAGGUCGAGAGGGUUCGGCUUCGUCACCUUUCUUGAGCCGUCUUCCGUGACUAAGUCUGUGACGGCUCCUCCUCAUUCGAUCUUAGGACGGUAAAAGCUUGUCGCAGCCUCGUCUUUCCGUUUCGAACCAUUUGCUCCACUCACUACCGUUCGCAGGCUAGUGGAAGUCAAGGAGCCAGAACCGCGCGGAAAGCAAGUCGUGUUGAGACCAGUAAGGACUGAAUGGGAGAAAACCGAUAUCUGUACCUGGAUUCUUUGAAGGGUGUUUCCCUGGUUUGAAAGCCAUGACUAAACAAAGAGCCGGUUUGUGAACAGGAGAGCGGCCCAAGAACGCGGAAGCUUUUCGUUGGUGGCCUUCCGCCUUCCAUGACUGAUGAAGAAUUCACGUCGUACUUUGCUCGAUUCGGAACCGUACGUUGAAGCACAUCGUCUGUGCCCGUGAGUCCUGGCACUCGCAGCGUGUUUAACGCAUUCUGCCAGAUUACAGAGAUUCAAGUGCUUAGAGACGAAGACGAGAAAGGCAGAUGCCGAGGGUUUGGGUUCGUUACUUUCCAGGCGGAGCAAGCAGCCGAGGACGUUCUUCUUCUUGGAAGGUGACUCUUAUGGACUCAGACCUUCGAUUCCAUGUCUGGGCUCAUGCGAUUCUUAUCGCUCAGGGAGUCUGAUUGCCCGUGCAGAAUGCACGAGAUCUGUGGGAAGAUGGUGGAAGUGAAGAAGGCACAACCACGGAAGGACAUGGCAAUCCAAAAUGGCCGAUGGUUGUGAGCACCUUCAUAGAAUAAUCAGGAAAGCCUUCGGCACUGAACAGCACCGCUGUGA